GGUAUAUAAAUAAGCAUCGGUGUGGGUCAUGAUGGGAAAUUAGGUAUCUUUACCUUGGUUGGCACGCAGAAAAGAUCUCUUGGUUUUUGGGUAUUUGGGAAUCCGUCUGGUUUCUCCGUGGUGUUGAGAAGAUUUGAGGGGAAAGAAGAGCGCUGAGGGAAGCUCUGGAUCCCAAUUCUUCCCGUUCUUUCCGACGGAGGUCUUUGAGGGCUUGGAUAUAAAGGGCUUUCUAUAUUUUCUCAAGAUAUGGAGCUUGCUUCUAUUUGGACAAAUUCCUUCCAUCAUCGAGUUUGCUCUUUCCAGGAAGUGCUUGAUUGGCGUUUCCUUGUCGUUGGCGAUUUUCUUUUGGUUUCCUUCGUCAAUUUCACUUAGUGGUCAAGUUCUUCUAAAUGAUCAGCACAAGAGGCGUAAUGAAAUUACUUUAUGAGAUAGGUGUUGGAUCGUUAGUGCAACUGUUCAAAGCGUUGUUGAUGAAGCAUCAGGGUGAUUUUCUAGGGGAGACUUCUUCAGGGAGCUGAGUUCUGUUAAUGAAACAUCAAAGCUUGUUUUCACAACUACCUAAAGUGAAGACUAUCACAUUGACCUCUGCUGGUUGUUAUUCGUUCUUUAUACUUGUUCCGGACUGGUGAUGUUUAGAGAGUCAUGAUCUUUUUUACUGGAGGAUAUAUCUUCAAUCUCAAAGUAGAAUUAUGAGAUAGCUUCAAGUUAAUAUUGUAAUCAUCUGGUAUUUCCAACUGCUCAGUUGGUUUGGACAUUUAUUCUCAAGGUUCAACAUGUUCAGUGGUGUUUGUCAUAUACUGCUAUAUUGUUCCUCUCUUGAAGUCGAAUCUGCGGAUUUUUUAAUGAAUAAAGCUGCACAGCCUGCACAUCAGAAUUUUUCUGGUUUUGUGCUUUUGCACUUCACCAAGGAAAAUUAGUGGUGGCUUUUGUUAUAUCAGUGCAAGACGGUUGUUUACUUAGUCAUUAUACAAAGAUAGAUGCAAGUUAUCAUUUUCAAGUUUCUAUACUUUUGAAUAAAGGAGGUUGUCUUUGUGCUUCUGCGAAAAAAAUGGAGAGGUAUAUGUUAAUCAAGGAAGUUGGUGAUGGUACUUUUGGAAGUGUCUGGCGAGCUAUCAAUAAGCAAACUGGGGAAGCUGUUGCAAUUAAGAAAAUGAAGAAAAAAUAUUACACAUGGGAGGAGUGCGUCAAUCUAAGAGAAGUGAAGUCACUGCGGAAGAUGAAUCAUCCUAAUAUUGUUAAGCUAAAGGAAGUUAUCAGGGAAAACAAUAUUUUGUACUUCGUAUUUGAAUACAUGGAUUGCAGUCUUUAUCAACUUAUGAAGGAUAAGGAAAAACUCUUCUCAGAAGCUGAAGUGAGAAAUUGGUGCUUUCAAGUUUUUCAAGGUCUUGCCUACAUGCAUCAGCGAGGUUAUUUUCACCGUGACCUUAAACCAGAAAAUUUAUUAGUUGCUAAAGACUUGAUAAAACUUGCUGAUUUUGGGCUUGCUCGUGAAACUAGUGCACUACCACCCUAUACUGAGUAUGUUUCAACUCGAUGGUAUAGAGCUCCAGAGGUGCUGCUUCAGUCCUACCUUUAUGGUCCUAAAGUUGAUAUGUGGGCAAUGGGUGCUAUAAUGGCAGAGUUGUUUACUCUUCGUCCACUUUUUCCUGGAGCAAGCGAACCAGACCAAAUCUACAAAAUUUGCAGUAUACUUGGCACUCCAACUAUGGAUACAUGGUCUGAUGGGCUCUGUCUUGCCAGGAAUAUCAAUUAUCAAUACCCGCAGUUUAAUCGAGUUCAUCUCUCUGUUGUUAUUCCUUCAGCGAGUGAUGAUGCAGUCAAUCUUAUUGCAUCACUUUGUUCAUGGGAUCCAUCCAAGAGACCAACAGCUAUGGAAGCCCUCCAACAUCCCUUCUUCCAGAGUUGCUACUAUGUUCCACCGUCUCUUCGUGCUAGAGCGCCAUUUGCUCGGACCCCUCCUUCUGCUGGAACAAAGAAUUUUCUGGAGCAGCAGACUGCUAAGAAAUAUCCUGUGGCUUUAUCUGAUUCAAGAAUCGCUGGUAAUUUCUCCUCUCCUAAGUUUGCGUUGUUGAGCACAGGUGUGCAGAGGAAGUUGGAUUUGGUGAACCCGGAUGCAAAUAAGAGUGAUACAAUUAUGAAGAGCACAGCUAGACUACCAAAGUACCGACCGCCUGUGAGGAAUAGCCCUACCAACUCUAUUUACAGGGGAAAUAAUGUGCGUGGAGUUUCCGAUACAGGCCAAAAGUUGGCAAACAUGACAAUUGCCCCUCGCAAGCCAUCUAUCGGGCAGCUUCUUCGGCCGAUGAAAGCGGGUGUCCGUUGGAACGGUUCGUCUAGUGAUCUGUUAAUAAGGCCCGCUCAAGAGAUUCAACAUGGCAGUAAUUACCCCAGGAAGGUUGCAGGAUGACUGCCCUUUCUCCCUCUCGUCAUCGUCCUAAUGGUGUGUAUGUUUUUGUUCUUUGAAGAAUCGUAUGCAACGCUUCCCUCGGGGAAUAUAUGUAAUAAAUGCCCCGCUGACUGUCUGUUUUUGUUCUUAUGUUUGCUAUAAACUCUGUUUGCGUAAUGAAAUAAAAGAAUUAUCAGUCAAUUCCCUCUUCAA